CUCUGAAAUCGUAUAAUUUAUUAUUAAUCAACCGCCGUGAAUGAUGAAAGCGCCUCCAUCGCAAACUGUCAAAAAGGCCAAGCUAACCGGACAGAUAGUUCACACGCUUUUAGUCACAGCGAUGAGAUCAGAAAUAAAAUCACAGUUAGAACAGUUCUCACUUCAGCUACUGCAUGAGGAAUUCAAUUUUACGGCUUAUGGGUUUUUCACACUAGACUUCACUCUUUUACACACGAUGAUGGGAACUACGGCAAGCUACCUUUUUAUUCUGAUCCAAUUCCGAUAGCUGUCGUUCUACUCGCAAGAAGAUCAACUGCCGAUCGAUCCCAAUUAUUUCGAUAUCGACAGGCACGUGCAGGCGAUUCAAUCAAUUCUAAGUCUUAUGGCUAGAAAUGAGCACAAUCUCAGAGAUUGCCAAGAAGCUAAUUAUAAGAACUCGGUAACUUGGAUAGUGAACAAACACGAAUUCGAACAGAAAGCCUUUAUGCUAAUUAACAUCCAGCAUACACAGGUUCACACUGAUUUCUCUUUUGCUUUAAUCAAUCUUAUCUACACAUGCGAACAUUAUGGAUUUUAUGAUCGCACUAAAGAUGAAAUAUUCAUGUCAAGUUAAUU